AUGCCCCGGCCGGAGCUGCCCCUGCCGGAGGGCUGGGAGGAGGCGCGCGACUUCGACGGCAAGGUCUACUACAUAGACCACACGAGCCGCACCACCAGCUGGAUCGACCCGCGGGACAGGUACACCAAACCGCUCACCUUCGCUGACUGCAUUAGUGACGAGCUGCCGCUGGGAUGGGAAGAGGCGUACGACCCACAGGUCGGGGAUUACUUCAUAGACCACAACACCAAAACCACUCAGAUUGAGGAUCCUCGGGUUCAAUGGCGGCGGGAGCAGGAGCACAUGCUGAAGGAUUACCUGGUGGUGGCCCAGGAGGCCCUGAGUGCACAAAAGGAAAUCUACCAGGUUAAGCAGCAGCGCUUGGAGCUUGCACAGCAGGAGUAUCAGCAGCUGCACGCCGUCUGGGAGCACAAGCUUGGCUCCCAGGUCAGCUUGGUCUCUGGUUCGUCAUCCAGCUCUAAGUAUGACCCUGAGAUUCUAAAAGCUGAAAUUGCCACAGCAAAAUCCCGGGUUAACAAGCUGAAGAGAGAGAUGGCUCACCUCCAGCAGGAGCUGCAGUUCAAAGAGCGUGGCUUUCAGACGCUGAAGAAAAUCGAUAAGAAGAUGUCAGAUGCUCAGGGCAGCUACAAACUGGAUGAAGCUCAGGCUGUUCUGAGAGAAACAAAAGCCAUCAAAAAGGCCAUCACCUGUGGAGAAAAGGAAAAGCAAGAUCUCAUUAAGAGCCUCGCCAUGCUGAAGGAUGGCUUCCGCACCGACAGAGGCUCCCACUCCGACCUGUGGUCCAGCAGCAGCUCUCUGGAGAGUUCGGGUUUCCCACUGCCGAAACAGUACCUGGAUGUGAGCUCCCAGACGGACAUCUCAGGAAGUUUCGGUACCAGCAGCAACAAUCAAUUGGCGGAGAAGGUCAGAUUGCGCCUUCGAUAUGAAGAGGCCAAGAGAAGGAUUGCCAACCUGAAGAUCCAGCUUGCCAAGCUUGACAGUGAGGCCUGGCCUGGAGUGCUUGACUCUGAGAGGGACCGGCUGAUCCUCAUCAACGAGAAGGAGGAGCUACUGAAGGAGAUGCGCUUCAUCAGCCCCCGGAAGUGGACCCAAGGGGAGGUGGAGCAGCUGGAGAUGGCCCGCAAGCGGCUGGAGAAGGACCUGCAGGCGGCCCGGGACACCCAGAGCAAGGCGCUGACUGAGAGGUUGAAGUUAAACAGCAAGAGGAACCAGCUGGUGAGAGAGCUCGAGGAAGCCACCCGACAGGUUGCGGCCCUGCACUCCCAGCUGAAGAGCCUCUCCGGCAGCAUGCAGAGCCUGUCCUCCGGCAGCAGUCCUGGGUCCCUCACGUCCAGCCGGGGCUCCCUGGCCGCCUCCAGCCUGGACUCCUCUGCCUCGGCCAGCUUCACUGACCUCUACUAUGACCCGUUCGAGCAGCUGGACUCGGAGCUGCAGAACAAGGUGGAAUUCCUGCUCCUGGAGGGGGCCACGGGCUUCCGGCCCUCUGGCUGCAUCACCACCAUCCACGAGGACGAAGUGGCCAAGACCCAGAGGGCAGAGGGGGGCGGCCGCCUGCAGGCCCUGCGCUCCCUAUCGGGCACCCCCAAGUCCAUGACCUCCCUGUCCCCCCGGUCCUCGCUCUCCUCCCCCUCCCCGCCCUGCUCGCCUCUCAUCGCUGACCCCCUCCUGGCUGGGGACGCCUUCCUGAGCAACCUGGAGUUUGAAGACCCUGAGCUGAGUGCCACUCUCUGUGAGCUGAGCCUUGGCUGCAGCACGCGGGAAAGGUACCGGCUGGAGGAACCCGGCCCGGAGGGCAAGCCGCUGGGCCAAGCUGUGAAUACGGCUCAGGGGUGCGGCCUGAAAGUGGCCUGUGUCUCUGCUGCUGUGUCAGAUGAAUCCGUGGCCGGGGACAGUGGCGUGUAUGAGGCUUCCGUGCAGAGGCUGGGUGUCUCGGAAGCCGCUGCUUUCGACAGUGAUGAAUCAGAAGCAGUGGGUGCCACCCGGGUUCAGAUCGCCCUGAAGUAUGAUGAGAAGAAUAAGCAGUUUGCAAUAUUCAUCAUCCAGCUGAGCAACCUUUCUGCUUUGUUGCUGCAGCAAGACCAGAAAGUGAACAUCCGAGCGGCUAUCCUUCCGUGCUCCGAGAGCACCACCUGCCUCUUCCGGACCCGGCCCCUGGAUGCCGCGGACACCCUGGUGUUCAACGAGGUGUUCUGGGUGUCCAUGUCCUACCCAGCCCUACACCAAAAGACCUUAAGAGUUGACGUCUGUACCACCGAAAGGUGCCACCUGGAGGAGUGCCUGGGAGGCGCUCAGAUCAGCCUGGCUGAGGUCUGCCGGUCCGGCGAGAGGUCGACUCGCUGGUACAACCUCCUGAGCUACAAAUACUUGAAGAAACAGAGCCGGGAGCCCAAACCAGCAGGAGCCAUGGCCGCCAUCCCAGGGCCUGAAAGCACGGAUGCUGUGUCUGCUCUGUUGGAACAGACAGCCGUGGAGCUGGAGAAGAGGCAGGAGGAAAGGAGCAGCACGCAGACCCUAGAAGACACCUGGAGGUAUGAGGAGGGGACAAGCGAGAACGAGGCCGAAGAGGAAGAGGAGGAGGAGGAAGGGGAAGAGGAAGCCUCCCCUGACAUGGACGGGUGCCCAGCGAUAAAGGUGGACAAGGAGACCAACACAGAGACCCCAGCCCCAUCUCCCACGGUGGUGCGGCCCAAGGACCGGCGGGUGGGCACGCCCUCCCCGGGGCCGUUUCUUCGAGGGAGCACCAUCAUCCGCUCCAAGACCUUCUCCCCAGGCCCCCAGAGCCAGUACGUGUGCCGGCUGAACCGAAGUGAUAGCGACAGCUCCACCCUGUCCAAGAAGCCACCUUUUGUUCGAAAUUCCUUGGAGCGGCGCAGCGUCCGGAUGAAGCGGCCUUCGUCCGUUAAAUCCCUGCGCGCUGAGCGCCUGCCACGCACCUCGCUGGACCUCGAAUUAGACCUGCAGGCCACCAGGACCUGGCACAGCCAGCUGACUCAGGAGAUCUCGGUGCUGAAGGAGCUCAAGGAGCAGCUGGAACAAGCCAAGAGCCACGGGGAGAAGGAGCUGCCGCAGUGGGUGCGGGAGGACGAGCGCUUCCGCCUGCUGCUAAGGAUGCUGGAGAAGCGGAUGGACCGAGCAGAGCACAAGGGAGAGCUUCAGACAGACAAGAUGAUGAGGUCGGCCGCCAAGGACGUGCACAGGCUUCGAGGCCAGAGCUGUAAGGAGCCCCCGGAGGUGCAGUCUUUCAGGGAGAAGAUGGCAUUUUUCACGCGGCCUCGGAUGAAUAUCCCGACCCUCUCUGCAGAUGACGUCUAA